UCGCCGAUAAACCGCAACCACGCCGCAAAUACCCAUCAACAUUCCCAGACGCCAAAUACGCGUCAAACCAGUGCCUAUUCAGUUUGCCUGAGACCACAGUCACCAGAAUUUUGUUUGUCAUUUUCAAUGUCGCAAUAGACCCGUCUGCUCACCGACGACUGCCCCUCCAUUUCGAAGGAAGUAAACAAAGCAACCAAAACGGCUCUGCAUCAUGGAAUCCCCCACCAGACCCUCGAGAAGGGCAGCCGCCCGCCGGAAAAUCGUCGAUUCGUCUGACGAGGAUGAGCCGAGUGGAAGCUCUCAAAAAGUGAAGGAAGAGAGCGAAGAAGAAUUUACCCCCGCACCGGAGCGAAGCCCCCGGAGGCAGACACAGUCGAGGAGGAAAACAACCACAUCAGUGCCAAGUACACCGCGCACAUCCGGACGAACUCGCAAGUCAGUUGUGGCCGAAAGCAUUGAGCCGUCCGAGAUAUUCGACCCUGAGCAAACCGCAUACCCAGAGCCACCUUCUCCAACAAAAAGGGCGUCGCCUAGAAAACGAAAGAGCGCCGCGCCUUCGCGUGCAGGAAGUGCUUCUGUUCCACCAGAACUACCAGCUCCAUUGCCUACGCCGCAAGCUUCAGUGUCGCCUGCACCCUACCAACUCCAUAGCACCCCACUUGCCGAUAUCACGGAGACACUGAAUGACCAACCAGCGGCUCCGGCUCCAGGGAGCCCAGAGGCAAUGGCCAAGCCUAUCAAUCCUAUGGAUACCGUCCUGGAAAGGCCGAUGGAUAUCGUGUUGAAGUCAAGGUCAAUGGCGGCCCCUGUUGUGGAAGAUACUGGCCCCAAGGCCCGAACUGUCAUCACAUAUCUGAUCCUCACCAACUUCAAGAGUUACGCAGGGAGACAAGAAGUUGGCCCUUUCCAUGCGUCUUUCUCAUCGGUCGUAGGUCCCAACGGUUCCGGAAAGUCAAACGUCAUCGACUCUUUACUAUUCGUCUUCGGUUUCCGAGCCAGCAAAAUGAGACAAGGGAAAAUCUCCGCAUUGAUUCAUAACUCGGCAGCAUUCCCCAAUUUAGACCAUUGCGAGGUUGCUGUACACUUCCAAGAAGUAAUGGAUUUGCCCAAUGGAGGGCAUGACAUUAUGCCUGGCUCAGACCUGGUCAUUUCGAGGCGGGCGUUCAAGAACAACGCAAGUAAAUACUAUAUCAACGGAAAAGAGUCGAACUUCACCACAGUAACGACCCUCCUGCGUGAUAAGGGCGUGGAUCUUGAUCACAAGCGUUUCCUUAUUUUACAGGGUGAAGUCGAAUCUAUUGCUCAGAUGAAGGCCAAGGCUGCAAAUGAGCACGAUGAUGGACUACUGGAAUAUUUAGAAGACAUCAUCGGGACAUCCAAAUACAAGACUCCUAUCGAAGAAUCUGCUGCCGAAGUCGAAACACUCAACGAGGUUUGCGUGGAAAAGAGUACCCGUGUGCAACACGUUGAGAAGGAGAAGAAUAGUCUCGAGGAUAAAAAGAACAAGGCUCUUGCAUACAUAAAAGACGAGAAUGAACUAGCUCUUAAGCAGUCGGCACUUUAUCAAUUAUACAUCGAUGGCUGCGGUGAUAACAUAACAGUCACCGAGGAAGCCAUUGGCCAAAUGCAAGAGCAGCUUGAUACGGAGCUCGAGAAGCACAAGGGCAAUGAAGAUGGAAUCAAGCAGAUGGACAAGCAAUACAAGCGAGGCCAGAAAGAGUACGAAUUUAUGGACAAGGAGACCCAGGCUAUCCUGAAGGAAAUGGCCAAAUUCGACCAAGACAAUGUCAAGUUCGAAGAAAAGAGGAAGUUCUUAACUGGAAAGCAGAAGAAGUUAGAGAAGAGUAUUGCUGCUACGGAGAAAAAUGGACAAGAAGCCACUGCAAGCAUCGCCGAAUGCACAAAUGAAAUCGAAGAGUCAGCAGCGGAAAUUGCCAAUUUGGAGAAGCAGUUGCAAGCCGAGGAGAAAGAGCUCGCAAGCAUUCGUGAUAGCCUUAAAGGCAAGACUCAAGUAUUCUCCGACCAAAUCGCUACCAAGCAGAAAUCCCUCGAGCCAUGGAACGAGAAGAUCAACCAAACUCAGUCAGCAGUCGCGGUUGCUGAAAGUGAGCUUGCGAUACUUCAUGAGAAGGCAAAUGCUGGGGCUGUGGCUCUCGAAGAGACGCAGGCCAAAAUAGCAUCUAUCCAGGGAAGCCAGGAGGCCAAGCUUGCUGAGUUAGAAGAAUGUAAAGCUCAGAAGGCAAAGCUUGAGAAAGAGGUUGCCAAGACAAAAUCCGAGUUAAGCAAGAUGGCCCAGAAGGAGCCCGAAUACCGUGCGCAGCUUUCUGGGGCCAGGCAAAAGGCCGAUGAGGCUCGUGCAAGCCUCUCAAACACUCAGACGCAAGGGAAUGUUCUUUCCGGACUCAUGAGAUUGAAGGAAUCUGGCCGCAUUGAAGGGUUCCAUGGCCGUCUAGGGAACCUAGGCACUAUCGAUCAGAAGUACGAUGUAGCAAUUUCUACCGCUUGUGGCGCGCUGGAUAACUUCGUUACUGAUACAGUCGAAAACGGACAGCAAUGUAUCGAGUAUCUGAGAAAGACGAACCUGGGAAGAGGCAACUUCAUGUGUCUCGAUAAACUUGGCAACCGCAACCUAUCACCCAUUGCCACACCAGAAAACGUCCCUCGACUUUUCGACUUGAUCAAGGCAAAGAACGACAUCUUCCUCCCAGCGUUCUAUCAUUCACUCCAAGACACCCUUGUGGCAGAUGAUUUGGCUCAAGCCAAUCGGAUUGCGUAUGGAGCCCGCAGAUGGCGCGUUGUGACUCUUGACGGACAACUCAUCGACAAGUCUGGUACUAUGUCCGGUGGAGGUAACACUGUUAAGAAGGGUCUCAUGUCCUCUAAACUUGUUGCCGAUGUCUCCAAGACUCAAGUUGCCCAACUGGAAGUUGACAGAGAUGCCAUGGAGCAAGAGUUCCAAACUUUCCAGGAGCGUCAACGGGAACUCGAAGCUUCUUUGAGAGAUUUGAGCCAUCAAAUUCCUCGAUUAGAAACGAAGAUGCAGAAGAUUGGCCUUGAGGUUGAAAGCUCAGCGCGCAACUUAGCAGAUGCCCAGCGGAGAGUCAAGGAGCUGAGCAAGGAGCAUCAACCGAAUCAAACCGACAAUGGCCGAGUUACAUCCCUUGAGAAGGAGAUUGUUAAACUUAACAAGAGUAUCGAGAAGCUACAUAGUGAGACUUCGAGCGUCGAAGAUGAAAUCAAGGCUUUACAGGAUAAAAUUAUGGCAGUCGGUGGCGAGAAGCUACGAGCACAGAAGGUUGAGGUCGAUAACCUGAAGCAGCAAAUUGACGUUCUCAAUGAAGCAGUGUCUACAGCCGAAAUCACCAAGGCCAAAGCGGAGAAGCAGAUCCCUAAGCUCGAAAAGGAUCACAACAAGGCUACCAAGGAUUUACAGGGUGUCAUUGCCGGCCUGGAGAAACUAGAGCAGGAAAUUCAAAACGAGGCCACAAACGCCGAAGCUUCGAAGGAGAGAUCAGAGCAAGCCAAAGAAGCCCUCGCUGAGAAGAAACAGGAGCUUUCGACACUGAAGGCUGAACUCGAUGAGAAGACCGCCGAGCUAAACGAGACCCGCGCCGUCGAAAUCGAAAUGCGCAACAAGCUCGAAGAGAACCAGAAAGUGCUCCUCGAAAACCAAAAACGCCUCCGCUACUGGCAAGAGAAAUUCUCCAAGCUAUCUGUGCAAAAUAUCAAUGAUCUUGGCGAGGAGUCCGAGCCCCAGGAGCUGCAGGCUUAUAGCAAAGACGAGCUGGCGGAUAUGAGCAAGGACACACUGAAGAGUGAAAUCGCCAUACUCGAGGAGAAGACACAGAACGUCAAUGUGGAACUAGGCGUCCUAGCCGAAUACCGCCGCCGCGUCGAGGAACACACUAUCCGCUCCGAAGACCUCGCCGCCGCGGUCGCACAGCGCGAUGGCGUCAAGAAGCGCUGCGAUGACCUGCGCCGUCUGCGUCUCGAGGGUUUCAUGGAGGGCUUCUCGACUAUCUCCUUACGUCUCAAGGAGAUGUACCAGAUGAUUACCAUGGGUGGCAACGCGGAGCUCGAGCUCGUGGACAGUUUAGAUCCGUUUAGCGAGGGCAUCUUGUUCUCUGUCAUGCCGCCGAAGAAGAGCUGGAAGAACAUCAGUAAUCUGUCUGGUGGAGAAAAGACGCUUAGUUCGCUGGCACUGGUGUUCGCACUGCAUCAUUAUAAGCCGACGCCGUUGUAUGUUAUGGAUGAGAUUGAUGCUGCGCUCGAUUUCCGCAACGUCUCUAUCGUAGCUUCUUACAUCAAGGAACGCACCAAGAACGCUCAGUUCAUCGUCAUUUCCCUGCGCAAUAACAUGUUUGAGCUUGCGAGCAGGCUCGUGGGUGUGUAUAAGGUGAACCAUAUGACCAAGAGCGUCACGAUUGAAAACAGGGAUUACAUCACCGGGAAGCCAGCGCCAACAGCGACAACGGCAGCAACACCGGCGAUGGCAGCGACGUAGUCGCCUCAGAUUGUAUGGCGAAGGAAGCAUUGAUAUAUUGGUUUGCUGGUUGCUGGCGUUGCUUGUGCGGGUAUUGGUUAUUGGAAUGGCUGGAACAGUAAGGGGGUGGGGGUCUUUGGAAGCAUAAUAUUGUUGGGCAGUAGAGCGGGUGUGGCGCUGUAUCUACGAGUGAAUGACUGGUAUAUAGUAAUGAGA